CUGAACCUAACCCAACUUUUGACACGAAAAUGUCAACACCACAAGAAAUAAAAACUUAAAUAAAUACUCGCCGCACAAAACAUUCGUUUGUUAUGCCCGCAACCAAAAUUGAAGAUGACUUUCCUUCAGGACUCGAUUGUGAUUUUUGUCUCCCAGGUGGCAUUUUUCGUUGGAGCCUGGAUAUUUUUUAUGAAACAGUUAUUCAAGGACUAUGAGGUGCGGCAUGUUAUGGUACAACUUAUUUUUUCCAUCACCCUUACAUUGUCCUGCACAAUGUUUGAGCUGAUUAUUUUCGAAAUCUUAGAGAUGCUCGAGCCCAGUUCCAGGAAGUUUUACUGGUAUCUCAUGCUGUAUUGCCUGUUAUUUGUUGUGAUAGUCCUAAACCCAUUCUACAUUGGCUAUUACUGUGUCAGCAACAUCCGAUAUGUGAAGCCUGAUUAUGUGAAACACUUUGCUCUGGUUGUGUGGGUGAUAUUCAUAAUCAUAUUUUGGAAAAUCGGUGACCCAUUCCCAAUAAUGAACCCCAAACAAGGGGUGUUAUCAAUGGAGCAACUUGUGUCAAGGAUUGGAGUUAUAGGAGUGACUGUAAUGGCUCUUUUAUCCGGAUUUGGUGCUGUUAAUUAUCCUUACACCUCCAUGGCUUACUUUAUGAGGGAAGUUUCAAUUGCUGAUGUUACAAACAUUGAAAAAAGACUGAUGCAAACAAUGGACAUGAUAGUGAUUAGGAAAAAACGCAUAGCAAUGGCAAAGAAACAAUCAAUGGACAAAGUGAAUAACCAUGUGAGGGGCAGUAGUAUCUGGGAGAUGAUCUCUUCAGUUGGCAGUAGUAAAGAUCAAAGCAUUGCACAACUAAGAUUGGAGAUUGAGGGUUUGGAAGAAUUGAGCAGGCAAUUCUUCUUGGAGGUCCAUGAGAAUAGGAACAUGUUGGAGAGGAUUGAGUGGUCCAAGACUUGGAAGGGCAUUUACUUCAACUUCUUGGGUUACAUAUUUUCAGGCUACUGUCUUUGGAAAAUAUUCAUAUGCACAAUAAACAUUGUGUUUGAUAGAGUGGGCAAAAAGGAUCCAGUAACUAGAGGUAUUGAAAUUGCCAUACACUGGAUGGGUUUUAAUUUUGAUGUUAAUUUCUGGUCUCAACAAAUCUCCUUCUAUCUAGUUGGAGCUAUUGUAGUCACAUCCAUUAGAGGGUUACUAUUAACCUUAACAAAGUUUUUCAACAGAAUGUCUUCAAGUAAAAGUUCAAAUAUAAUAGUCUUAGUACUGGCUCAAAUAAUGGGGAUGUACUUUGUGUCGUCCGUCUUGCUCCUACGAAUGAACAUGCCCAUCCAAUAUAGGACCAUAAUAACAGAAGUAUUGGGAGCCCUACAAUUUAAUUUCUACCACCGAUGGUUUGACGUCAUUUUCCUAGUUAGUGCCAUCGGUAGUAUUGUAACGUUAUAUUUAGCCCACAAGCAGCCUGUAAGAGAUACUAUGUGAUAUUUUUAAGCCUAAAAAUGUGUAUUAUUUAUGUAUCUAAGCAUUUAAUGAUUCAGUUGUUACAACAUUCGUACUGUUUAUCUCAGUUAAGUUUAAUAAUGUCUAGUAUUUUUUAUGCUGUUCCAAAAAAUAAAUAGUAAUAAGUUAA